CACAAUGAGCUCACAGACCCCAACAGCUCAGAACCUCUCCUUCGUCCUCGAAGGCAUUCAUCGGGUCAAAUUCGAGGAUCGCCCCAUCCCAAAGCUCAAAAGCCCUCAUGAUGUCAUCGUGAACGUUAAAUACACAGGCAUCUGCGGCAGCGAUGUUCACUACUGGGAUCACGGAGCUAUUGGGCAAUUUGUAGUCAAGGAACCCAUGGUCCUCGGCCAUGAAUCUUCCGGAAUAGUCACACAAAUUGGAUCAGCCGUCACUAGUCUAAAAGUGGGCGACCACGUUGCAAUGGAGCCUGGUAUUCCCUGCCGACGGUGCGAGCCCUGCAAAGCGGGCAAGUACAACCUCUGUGAGAAAAUGGCUUUUGCCGCAACCCCGCCGUAUGACGGUACUUUGGCCAAGUACUACACGCUGCCCGAAGACUUCUGUUACAAACUGCCCGAGUCGAUCAGCCUGCCCGAGGGUGCACUCAUGGAGCCCCUGGGAGUCGCCGUACACAUAGUGAGACAAGCGAAUGUUACUCCGGGUCAAACCGUUGUAGUCUUUGGAGCUGGUCCAGUGGGUCUAUUGUGCUGUGCGGUAGCCAAAGCUUUCGGUGCGAUCAGAAUCAUAGCCGUUGAUAUCCAAAAGCCAAGAUUGGAUUUUGCAAAAAAAUUCGCCGCAACAGCCACAUUCGAGCCGUCGAAGGCCCCCGCGACCGAAAACGCUACCCGCAUGAUUGCAGAGAAUGACCUUGGGAGGGGUGCUGAUGUCGCGAUUGAUGCUUCGGGUGUUGAGCCGUCAGUUCACACGGGUAUCCAUGUUCUCCGCCCCGGUGGCACCUAUGUACAAGGUGGCAUGGGUCGGAGUGAGAUGAAUUUCCCCAUCAUGGCGGCUUGCACUAAGGAACUGAAUAUCAAGGGAAGCUUCCGAUAUGGUAGUGGUGAUUAUAAGCUGGCAGUACAACUCGUGGCUUCUGGGCAGAUCAACGUCAAGGAACUGAUUACUGGCAUUGUCAAAUUUGAAGACGCCGAGCAAGCUUUUAAGGACGUUAAAACCGGAAAAGGCAUUAAAACGCUUAUUGCUGGCCCUGGCGCCGCAUAAGCGCUUGAUGCCGCGUACAUAGUGAAUCUGAUAUAACCAUUUUCAAUUUACUAAUUUACAC